UAACUUUACUACUACAGCCACAGAAAGUAUAGCUCAAAGAGACUUUUCAUCGAACUGGAAGUGGAAAAACAAGUGAGGAGAAAAAUAGUGCCAAAGACGCUGUGGAAGUUUAUCGAAGUAGCCUAUCUUUGUCACUUUGGAUUGUAACUACGUUUUUACCGUGCUCUUUUUCCGUGGGAGGUUUGCUGUGCGCAACUGUGCCAGCCGAGCCGGACGGAGGUGCCGUGACUGAAUGUUUCUGUGUAUUUGUUGAAAAGUUAACGCCGGGUGAAUGUAUAGCAUGAUGAUGGAGACUGACCUGCACUCCCCAGUGCCCCAAACGAACACAAAUUCGGGGCACACGGGAUCAAGCAAUGGUAACAAAGUCAAUCAAGACCGUGUGAAGAGACCGAUGAACGCAUUCAUGGUUUGGUCUCGGGGCCAGCGACGUAAGAUGGCACAAGAGAACCCCAAAAUGCACAACUCUGAGAUCAGCAAGAGGCUGGGCGCUGAGUGGAAAGUGAUGUCCGAGGCAGAAAAGAGACCCUUUAUCGACGAAGCGAAGCGCCUGCGAGCCAUGCACAUGAAGGAGCAUCCGGAUUAUAAGUACCGACCGAGAAGGAAGACCAAGACGCUGUUGAAAAAGGACAAGUACUCUUUGGCUGGUGGGCUGCUUACAGGGGCAGGUAAUGGUACCGGUGUCGGCCUAGGGGUCGGGAUGAGUCCGGGGGUCGGACAAAGGUUGGAAAGCCCCGGGAGUCACGGUGGCGGAGCAGCCGCCAGCUACGCACACAUGAACGGCUGGGCGAACGGUGCAUACUCGGGCCAGGUGGCUGCCGCAGCCGCCGCUGCGGCGAUGAUGCAGGAAGCUCAACUAGCCUACAGCCAGCACCCGGGGAGCGGGGCGCACCACCCCCACUCACACCACCAUCACCCGCACAAUCCCCAGCCCAUGCACCGCUACGACAUGACCGCUCUCCAGUACAGCCCCAUUUCGAACUCUCAGAGUUACAUGAGCGCCUCUCCGUCCGGCUACGGCGGGAUAACCUACACACAGCACCAGAGUUCUGGCGUCUCCUCGUCUGGAUCAAUCGGUACACUGGGGUCGCUGGUAAAAUCAGAACCAAGUGUAAGCCCUCCCGUUUCCACUCAUUCGCGCGCACCGUGUCCUGGGGACUUGAGGGACAUGAUAAGCAUGUAUUUACCGACUGGGGAAGCUGCUGGUGACCCGUCCGUUCAAAGUAGACUUCACGCGCUGCCACAGCACUAUCAGAGCUCCACGACAGGGGUAAAUGGAACAGUUCCUUUGACACAUAUUUAAAAAUAACAAUGUGCGACUGAAGCACAAAGAAAUAACGUUACCAAAUAUUUAUCCAUUUUAGAUUGUUGCUAGGCCUACUUGUUUUGUAGGCUUGUAAAUUGAAGACAAACAAUAAUCUUCAAAAUUACAAUUAGGCAAAGGGAAGUUUUCAGUGGGGUAGGCUAUUGUCUGUUCAAGUUUGAGAGGCAAGUAAGCUGUAUUUGUUGUGCUUACUCUCCAACUAAAAGGCAUGCCAAGUUUGAGACGAUUUAGGUUAUCUUGUGAAGGCUGGUGAUUUUGAAGUAUUUUUUGGUUUUCUGUGAGAAUAUAACCGUUUUUGGAAACAAGGAAAUUUACACGAGAUAAUCUUGUGGUUAGAAUUAAUUUGGAAAGUGUUUUAAAAAGUUUAUAAGACUUCAAUUAAUUUCACGUUUUCUCUUGUUUGUAAACACGUGCGUUGCUGUAACUGAACAAUUUGUUUUUGUUGUUGUAAAAAAAACUGUAAAUUGUGAAUAAAUACUAGAGGAAAUUGAUAACAACUGUACAUAACUUAAUGCAUUUCUGUCAGGAAGAAAACCUUUUCGUUGAGUUAAAUAAAUUUCUCAGAUGUUGCACUGGUUAUGAAAACAGGAUUUAUUUUUUUAUUGUGUGUGGCCUUCCUGCCAUUAUUUUAUUCUAUGUAGCCCAUAGUGUCCAGUUGUUUUGUAUCUCUUUUUAUCAACAUUUUUCGCAGAUACUGCAUUUUCUCAGACAGGGAAGUUGGCUGCAGCUAGUCUUAUCAAGUAGGCCUCAUGUCAAAAACUAAAUCGUAGUAAAUUGCUCUGUGACCCAAAAUGAGGAAAGGCGCAAGGCAAUAUGCGUAAAGACGGAUGAAUUAAUAAUGAUUGACGAAUACUAGGGUGAUUGUUUGACUUGUCUGUCGGCGUGGCAUGAACACCAAAAUUGUAUCAAAGUUCUUUAAGGAUUUUAAUAUUACUUAAAAUUAGUAUGAUAAUAUGUUCAUGGCUCUGACCUCUAAAACGUGUGUUUUCAUUACAGGUCUCGAUGUCUGUGUAUAUUUAACCUUAUCAGUGUAAAACUGUAGCACAAAAUUAGUCAGUUGAAAAUCAGCUGAUCAAAAACGUAUCAAAAGUUCAUGCAAAUUAUAACGUAUGUGGCUGUUUUAUGUGAUUUAUUAAUACUUUUUUUUGUUUUUAGUACGAAAAGAAAAGGACGACGAUGUGGUAGUCGCGAUGAGAGGGGAGCAGGACAGGUUCGCAAGCACACACCUGUUGAGUUGUGACCGAUCUGGCGCGAAAGGAACUUUAUCUCGUUCGAAUCAUGUUCUGACUUUAUUUCCGAACGGGCUCACAUUCAAUCCUUUAUCUGCUUGAAAAGACAGAAGAUACUCAAGCAUAGGAACGAAUGCCAGAAUAUAUUACCUUUACUGCAUUUAACUUGUCUUGUUGAAUUCGUUUCAUGUCAAAAUUUACUUUUGAUAGUUUCUGGAUUGUUCCAUAAAUCCUUUGUGGCAAAAAUCUCCCCUUGCGUUUAUGUGAAAAAGAAUGUUCUAAACCUGUUUUAAGCCUCAAUUUUUGUUAUGUGUUGAUAAAAAUAGGAUUUUAGAUUUUUUCUUUCAGAUUACUCUAUUUUCAAUUAGCCCUCUUGAAGUUUUAUUUCCUCGAGUUAAUAUGAUACCAGCUAUUUGUCAAUGAAAAGUAAAAUGUGUCAUUAUAUAGGCCUGUAUUUGAUUUUAAGAUAAAUAACAAUCUCAAAUAGCAUAUGAUAUUACUGAAUGAGAUUUCCUACAUGCAAACUCGUUCAUAUUUGAUUUGUCUGAAAUGACCUGUUUUCAAGAAGGGAAAUAAAUAUACUCUGACAAUAA